AUGGGUAUUCCCAAGUUCUUUCGGUGGUUGUCAGAAAGGUAUCCACAAAUCAACCAAGACGCAACUUCACUACCAGACGUUGACAACCUCUACUUAGACAUGAACGGCAUUAUUCACACGUGUUCUCAUUCUAACUCAAUAGGCCAUUUAAUCCCACAUGUUUCCUCAGCGCCAAGUCUCCCAGACGCCUGGGCCAAAGUCUUCAAAUACAUCGAACUUCUGGUCCAAAUCGCCAAGCCCAAGAAAUUGCUAUAUUUAUCUGUGGAUGGAGUGGCCCCAAGAGCCAAAAUGAACAACCAGCGUGAGCGCCGAUACAAAUUUAUCUAUGAAAUUGACGAAUUCACCAAGAAAGAAAGAAAAGAAAACCGAAAAGUGGUUGAUGAUUGGUUUGACUCCAACAACAUUUCUCCAGGGACUUUAUUCAUGGCAGAGCUUAAUAGGCAGAUGAGAUAUUUUAUUCAGUGAAAAAUUGAAAAUGAUGAAAACUGGAAAAAAAUCAAAAUCGUGUACUCAGGAGGAGACGUGCCUGGAGAAGGAGAGCACAAGAUACUGAGAUAUAUAAGGAACAAUAAAAAUGAGCCAAACACAACGCAUUGCAUUUAUGGACUUGAUGCAGAUUUGAUUUUACUAGGGCUCAUCACACAUGAACCUCAUGUGAUUCUGUUAAGAGAAGAAGUAAAGCUAGGAAGUGUUAGAAGCUUGCCUGAAAGAGAGUAUGCAGGCGACCCACCAAAAUUUCAAAUUUUAUACCUAAAUGUGCUGAGAGAGUACUUGCAGAUUGAAUUUUCUGUGAUAAAAGGACUAGACUUAGAAAGAUUUAUUGAUGACUUUGUAGUCCUUAUGCUUUUUGUUGGGAAUGAUUUUAUACCAAGGCUCCCUACUUUUGAAAUCCAUGAAGGGGCUGUCGAUAAGUUCUUUGACCUCUACAAAGCAAAAUGGCAUGAAGUCGGGUACCUGUCAGACUGUGGAUUUAUUAACUGGGAAGCUCUAAACUUUUUCAUCCGCGAAUUCCCUUCAUUUGAGCACAAAAUCAUCACAGAGCGCAUAACAUCAAAAAAUAAGAGAAGGUCAAACCCAGCCCCAAUUAAAUCUACCCAGCCACAAAUGUCUAUAAGAGAAGUUUUUCACCAAACCAAAAACGAAGAAGUCAAAAACAGCGAAGAAUCAGAAGAAACUGAAGAGCCUGAAGAAGAAAAUAACUACGUAAACCAGGAAACAGAAAAUUUGAAGCUAACAUUAGAAUUUCAUUUAGAUAGAGGAAUUUACCAUGUGAAAAAAUUCUAUUAUAAAGAAAUGCUUCAUAUUGAUAUUGAUACUGAUGAAGGAAGAGGCCAGCUACAAAGCAUGAUUAAGUCCUAUUUGGAAGGGCUGCAAUGGGUCAUGUAUUAUUAUUUUCAAGGUGUCAAAAACUGGCAUUGGUAUUAUCCUUAUCAUUAUGCGCCAAUGAUAUCUGAUUUUUCAAAUAUAUAUCAAAUGUUGGAGCUUCAAGACUCCAAGCUGAUAUUCCCACAAGCUGAGCCUUUUAGACCUUUAGAACAGCUUAUGGGGGUCAUUCCGCCAAGAUCGCAGCAUAUGCUGCCAGAAGAAUAUAGGAAUUUGCUUAGAGAGCCAGACCUUCAGCGCUAUUUUCCAGACUACCCAGUUAUUGAAUACGACAUUAUGUGUGCUAAAAUUGGCUGGGAAUCAAUGAAAAUUGUUGUCCCAUUCGUACCCUACCAGCUUAUAAUAGAAAGAGCCAGACAGCUGCCAGAAUCCCGUCAAAGCAAAAUCCAAAACACAAUAAAUAAAGACAUCCUUUAUUAUUAUGAUUCAUCAGAGCCCACAAGACAUUUAGAGACUGUCCUCCCUCAAUAUCUGCCAGACUUCCAAUGCAAUAUUCAUGAAACUUUGCUGGACUACGACGACUCAAUAAUUUUUAAGCCUGAAAUUUUGCCUGGGACCUUAGAAAUUCUGCCUGGAUUUCCAUCAUUGAAAUAUUUGAAUUUCAACCCAGAAUUGCGAGCAGUCGGAAUCAACGUGUUUCAAACUGCUUCUCAGCUUCCUUCAAUGAUACUAAAUUUUGAUAAAUCGCCACUUACUAUUGAAGAAGCUUAUAACUCAUUAUUCCAUAAAAUUAUAUAUAUUGGCUACCCCCUGCAAGAGCUAGCUUAUGUAAUUGGGGUUUCAAACCAAGAAAAAUACUUGCCAUCGCUUAAUGCUGAUUAUUUGAAUUAUUUAGAAACGACCUUAGAGUCAUAUCUCAGCAAAAUAAGAGGAACCUUGUCAGAUUAUAUGAGCUUGAAGCAAGGGUUUACUAUUGCUGGAGAUUUAGGUAUUGUUGUGCAUUAUUUGUCACUGAAAUCGUUUUCUAGGUCUAAAAAAGGACUAAUCGAGCCUAAAUGGGAUGAAAGUGAGUCUUAUGCACCGCUAGAGCUGAUUAUGUCUGAAAGGCAGCCAGGCCAUCCAAGAGAUAUAAGCAAAGCUGCUCCAGGGCUUCAUGAUGAAUUCCCAGUAGGCUCAAAAGUGAUUGUUAUUAAAAGAGAUAUGUUUGGGUACUUAGGAGAAGUAGUUGGCUACGCCCGGGAUAAAUUCAAUCCUGAAGGUGGGGUCGAGGUCAGAAUCUACAAAAAGCCAAAAAAUAUUCAUGAAGAAAUCAAAAAAAUCUCAGGGCUUCACUUCGAAAAAUACUACUCAUUAAGAGAACUGUCUAAUCUUGUAAGAAAACCAAUUGGAUUGAUAAGCAGAUUAUUAGGAAGCUUAAAAAUCAAAGCAAAAAUGAAAGGAAAAACCAAAAUCCUGCAAAUUGGUCUCAAUUUGAAAAACGAUAAGGAAUAUAUGGCAGUACUAAGGUGGUCAAGAUGGGGAGGAUAUUGGAACCCAGGCUCUGAAGAAUGGGAGUUUUCAGAAGAAGCCAAAAAUCUAUUAGUAGAGUACAACAAUACUUUUCCUGAAAUGUGGAAAGCUAUUGAUAGAUGCUGGUCUGAUGGGAAAAGGACAUUUUAUCUUGACGAUGCUUUUGGAUAUGCUAGACAUCCAUUCAAGGAAUCAGAAAGAGUUGCUUUGUGGAUCUAUAAGCACGUUUCCUUCAAAAUCCCAUGGACUUCAGUAUACUCUCAAUAUCUAAGUGACAAAACAAUCGAAAACAUUCGGGUUAUCAUCAAAAAUUCUCCGACAGAAGUGAUAAACACAAUUGAUAAGUCAAACCCAGGAUUUUUCUAUAUAGAAUCCAAGCCAUGGACAUCGCCUUUCUUGAUGAGGCCUCAAGAAUUCAACCUCGGUGACCGAGUUAUAAACAUAUGCUCAAGCUAUUUUAGAUAUGUCCCAUUUGGCUGUGAAGGCACAAUCAUAGCGUUAAUUGACAAAGGCCAUGCAGAAGUUAUGUUCGAUGAUAUCAUUAUUAAUGACAUGAAAGGAAGCAGACUGGUCAUCCCUACAAGAUAUUUGCUUAACUUGACAGUAAAAAUAUCAGCAAUAAAAAGGGAUGCAAGCGAUAAAAGUUCUUGUGGAGAUGAUAUAGACAUGCAUAAUGACAAUUCAUUCAAGCCUCGAUUUGGUAAAAAGCCAGUAAAAGAUGAAAGGGCUGAAGAAAUAAUGAAUCAAAUUCUUUCAAGCUUCACACAAAACUCUCCUACUCUCCCUAAGGAGCAGAUAAUUGAAGUCCAGCAAGAGCACUCACUGAAUCCAGAUGCAAUGAGCUUCCAGCCACUUGUUGAAGAUCCAGGAGAGCCAGAAAUUUUAAGCAAAAUGUUCAAAAUGUCAGAGUCAAAUGUCCAGAUAGCAGCCACUCACUCCCCCCUCCGUGAGUGAACAAAACCAUUAGAAAAAUCCCUAUUUUUUGCCCAAAAACCCACUCUCCAUGAGCGAACAAAAAUUGUUUUAAUAGAAAAAUUUUUUAUGAAAAAAAUUUUGAUAUAUAAAUGAUAAUUAGUAUAAUGAAAUAUAAAGCUAAUUCUAUUUAAUUUUAAACUAAUUGCUAUUUAAAACAUAAAUUUUAUAAAUUAAAUUAAUAUUUGCUUUCAAAUUUUUGCGAAUUAGGAUUUUUUUUAAAAAACGAAAAAAAAUAUUUUUUUUAUAAAAUUUAUAUGUAAAUUUUUUUUAAAAAAAAAAAAUUAACCGCUCCGUGAACAAAAUUUUUUUGUUCACUCACGGAGGAGGGGGAGUCAGCAAAAAGAAGUUCCGCUUUCAGUUGACCAGCUCUUUGAUAUUGCAAAAAGCCAAACUGAAAUUACUACAAAAGCAGCAGUAAAGCCUGAACCAAAAGCUAUAUCAGUUGAGCAGUUAUUCGAAAGUGCCAAAUCACAGGAAGAUAUUCAUCCAGCUGCAGAAAUCAGUGAAAUACCAAUAUUAAACCAGAUGUUUGAAAGGGUACAAAUUUCAAACCAAGAGGAGGAAAAAGAGCCAAGCAAAGCAGAGGCGACUAAAGAGCCAGAAAUAAAAGUAGAAGAAGAAAAGGAGCCUGAAUUAUUGCAAAAGCUCUUUAAAACGACUGAGAGUCAAUUUGAAGCGCCUUCUGGACUUGAUUUUCCAAACCCAUAA